AGCAAAGGAACAGCUAGAGGCAGGGAAAAGUCCGGCGCCGCGAGGGCCCCCGCUGCUGCAGGGGAGAGGGAGCGAGGGAGGCUCAGAAGCAGCCCCCAGGCCAGGCAGCCCCCAGGCUCUUAUGGGAGGGCUGCAUGGGAACGGCGUAUUAAAGCCUCCCCAGCUCCCCACCGCCGCUCGCUCUCUCCGAGCCGGGGAGCAGGGGCUGCAGCCGGGGGCGGCGAUGAAGUCUCCCAGCUGAAGGAGCGGGAUCUGGGCGGAGACUGGAUCUGGCGCCGGUGCCAGGGCAGGCGCUGGUGCAGCGGGGCGCUUCGGCGGCCGCUCUCGCUUGGGUGUCUCUGUGCCCGCUCCCCCCGCGGCGGCCCCGGGGCCGAUGGCUGUCCGCAGCGGUAACGCCUUGACGCCUUUCUCCAUCCAGGCCAUCCUCAACAAGAAGGAGGAGCGCGCCCAGCACUCGGCGGGGCGGCCGCCGCCGGCCACCCCCACCGCGCCCGCUUGCUGCUGGAGGCUGUUCGGCGAGAAGGCGGAGGCGGGCGAGGCUUUGCUGCGGUCCCCGGCCUGCGCCCGGGCUGCGCCGGCGGCGGCGGCGGGGAGGACGAUGGGAGCCCCGGCGGGCUGGGAUUCGGAUUCGGCGCUCAGCGAUGACCACGAGGCCGAGAGGCGCUCGGAGGAGGAGGGCACCGGGGUGCAGCAGGGGCCGCCCGGCAGCAGCGCUCGCUCCAGAGAGGCCCCAGGUCGGGGGCGGCCUGCGCGGGAGGCUCAGCCCCGGGAUCAGGAGGACGAGGCCCCGGGCCUCAGUGACAGCGAGAUGUCGGCCAACAUUUCAGAUCGCAGCCCGCCGGAGGAGGAGGACGGCGGCAGCAAGUGCGAGAAGCUGCUGGCCGGGGAGGAGGAGCAGGCGGCCCCCAAGCCGCGGAAGAAGCGCUCGCGGGCGGCCUUUUCCCACGCGCAGGUCUUCGAGCUGGAGCGGCGCUUCAACCACCAGCGCUACCUCUCGGGCCCGGAGCGAGCCGACCUGGCCGCCUCGCUCAAGCUCACCGAGACCCAGGUGAAGAUCUGGUUCCAGAACCGCCGCUACAAGACCAAGCGGCGCCAGAUGGCCGCGGACCUACUGGCCUCGGCCCCGGCCGCCAAGAAAGUGGCGGUGAAAGUGCUGGUGCGGGACGAUCAGAGACAGUAUCACCCGGGGGAGAUGCUGAGGCCGCCCUCGCUGCUUUCCCUGCAGCCUUCCUACUACUACCCCUACUACUGCCUGCCCGGGUGGGCCCUGUCCGCCUGCACCGCAGCCGCGGGGACUCAAUGAGACUGACCAGCCCCAGCCCUCUCAGACCCAGAGCAGCCCCGAGCUCCAGCUGCAGGACUGUAUGCACCGGACAGUAUUUAUUAUUAUUAUUUUAUUUGAUUAUUUUUAUUAUUGUUAAUUGGGUAAUUUCCCCUCCCUCUCCUGUCCAAGUUGUAACUUUUGCAAAUCCCCCCCCCCCCCCGCCGCGGACUUUUGUAAUUCGGCACCACUAGUUCAUGGUAUCCAUGUUGUCACUCUAUUCCGUGUAGACUUGCUUGUUUGUUUUUUUGUUCUGAUUUUCUUGCUCCGGAUUGAUAGAGACCCGAAUCUGGUGUGAGAG